GCUGUUCGCUAAAUUUUUCUUCGCGUGCGUGUCUCCAAAAGUUGCAGUUUUGCAUUUUUUGUACAUUUUUAGUUAAACGUGCGCCAAAUAUGGCAAACUCCACACAGGUUAUCAAGCUGGAGGACUCCAACGAGGAGAACCAGCCAGAAAUAUUUGAAAUAAAAGAUGAAGAUGAUAUUUGUGAGCUGGAGCAUUUGCGUAAGCUGUUCAUUGGCGGCCUGGCACCCUACACCACUGAAGAGGGCCUCAAAGUCUUCUACUCGCAAUGGGGCAAAGUGGUCGAUGUUGUUGUGAUGCGAGACGCCGCCACCAAACGUUCGCGUGGCUUCGGCUUUAUAACCUACACAAAGUCCGCUAUGGUUGAUACUGCGCAAGAGAAUCGUCCGCAUAUCAUCGACGGCAAAACUGUGGAGGCCAAAAGAGCGUUGCCACGCCCGGAGCGCGAAACACGCGAAACAAAUAUCUCGGUGAAAAAGUUAUUUGUCGGCGGACUGAAGGACAAUCACGAUGAGGACUGUUUGCGUGAAUACUUUCUGCAAUUUGGCAAUGUAGUGUCUGUUAAAUUACUAACCGACAAGACCACAGGCAAGCGACGAGGCUUCGCAUUCAUUGAGUUCGAUGAUUACGAUGCCGUGGACAAAGCAAUACUUCAGCGACAACAUUCAAUUAAAUACGUGCUCGUCGAUGUCAAGAAGUCCAUCUACAAUCUGGAAAAGAAAGACCGUUUGCCCCAAGGCCCCGCGGCCAAUGGCAACAAGCUGCAACAGCAGCAGCAUCAGCAACAACAACAGCAACAGCCGCCCAAGGCAAAUAUGCCACCCAACGGUGGCUACCGUCCCCCAGUGCCUCCGCCGCAGCAAAUGCCGCCGUAUCAGCAUCAACCGCCGCCGCCGCCAAUGUCGGCGCCGCCACCAAACUACAACUAUUGGGGACCCCCGCCACCCAUGCAACCGUAUUAUCAGCAACCGCCGCCACCGCAAAUGAACGCUUGGAACGCCUAUCCUCCUGCCCAGAACGGGUGGAAUGCACCGCCGCCACCGCCUCCCGGCGCACAGCAAUGGCAUGCUCAGCAAUGGGGCGGACCACCUGCGGUCCAACCGCCCACACCUGGUGUGCCGCCGGUGAAUCAUCAUCGCAGUGGUCCGCCACCGCCUGCAGUGGGUAAUUGGAAUAUGCCAGCAGCAGCAGCACCUCCAGUACCCGGCUCUAUGCCACUGACGCAGGGUCCGCCGCCGCAUCAGCAACCACCGCCGCCACAGCAGCAGCAGGCGGCGCCACCCAACUUUGGCAGUGGCUAUCAGCAGAACUAUGGCGGUGGACCGACCAAGCAUAACAACAUGAAUGGCAACCGCAUGAAUCCCUAUACCGCAGCACCGCCCAGCAACUAUCAUAAUGCACAGCCUCCAGCGCCUGGCUAUGCGCCAUACAAUGCAGCUGCUCCGCCACCGAGUGGCAAUGGUCCGACCUCGGGUCCAGUGCCUAAGAACGUGUCCAACGGUUCGGUGGCAACAGGCGCGAGCGCCAAUAGCAAAUAUCGUCGUUAGAUUAUUGGGUUUUGUUUCAUUUUGGGUAAGUAAAGCCAAGAGGCUGAUCAACUGAUCCUGAUUUUCUCCCGCCUGAUUUCGCCAUACGUCAUUGUUGUGGUACGUUUCAUGUGUAGUACAAUUAAAGCAAUGCUUAAGGUACCAGAUACUGACUCUUAUGGUUCCUCUAUCUAUCUAUCUAUUACUAUACACACAAAUAUCUAUGUCAAUAAGUAUUGCGAAAGUACUAAUCUUUUAUAAUUCUCUUUAAUUUAGAUGCCUUUUUGUGUGUGCCUUAAGUGCAGCACAAAAGCUCAGAAACAGAUACAUGAUACAAGAUACAAAUUACAAGAUACAAGAUACAGUUACUGUUACUAAAAAAAAACAAAAACAAAAUAGGCUUGCUAUAAGCUAGGACACA